CAACUUGCUUAACCACUUCCAAUAUCUAGCCCUUCUCAACUAUAUAUAUAUAUAUAUAUAUAUAUAAGCAAUUAGGUAUAACAAAAACUUGGAAGAGAAGAUCCAAACCAAAUAAGCCAUGGAUAACAAAGAGAAUGCUGUGCCAACUGAUCAGGAACCUGAAGUGGUUCAAUACAGAGGGGUCAAAGCCAUGCCUCUUGUUAUAGGGAAUGAGACUUUUGAGAAGCUAGGGACUACUGGAACCCUAAACAAUUUCUUGGUGUAUUUGACUACCGUAUUCAACAUGAAAAGUAUUACAGCUACAACUUUGAUCAACAUCUUCAAUGGUACAACAAAUUUUGCUACUCUUAUUGGAGCUUUUCUCUGUGAUACUUAUUUUGGCCGCUACAAGACUUUGGGAUUUGCUUCUGUGGCUUCUUUCUUGGGAAUGCUGGUACUAACACUAACAGCAGCAAUACCAAAACUACAUCCUCCAAACUGUGAAACAGAUGACAACAACACCAAAACAUGUCCGGGACCAACACCAUGGCAAACAGCAUUCCUCCUAUGCGGGCUCGGAUUUCUAGUCGUGGGAGCAGGCGGAAUCAGACCGUGCAACUUAGCCUUCGGAGCAGACCAAUUCAAUCCAAACACAGAAUCGGGGAAGAGAGGGAUCAACAGCUUCUUCAACUGGUAUUACUUCACAUUCACAUUUGCAAUGAUGGUGUCACUGACCGUGAUUGUUUAUGUUCAAUCUGAUGUGAGCUGGGCUUGGGGAUUAGCAAUUCCGGCAAUCCUGAUGUUCUUAUCAUGUAUCGUAUUCUUUAUGGGAUCAAGAAUUUAUGUGAAAGUUAAGCCAGAUGGUAGUGCUUUGACUGGUGCAGUGAGGGUCAUAGUGGCUGCAAUCAAGAAGAGAAGGUUGGAAUUGCCUGAGCAGCCAUGGUUGUCUCUUUUUAACCAUAAGAAAACACUAUCUAUCAAUUCCAAUCUGGCUUAUACUGAUCAGUUCAGAUUUCUUGACAAAGCAGCAAUCAUUGACCCAGAAGACAAAAUCAAUCCUGAUGGCUCAGCAGCCAAUCCAUGGAGACUAUGUAGCAUGCAACAAGUAGAGGAAGUAAAGUGUUUGGUUAGAGUGAUUCCCAUUUGGAUUUCAGCUCUUAUUUACUAUGUUGCCACUACCCAACAGCAAACUUAUGUAGUCUUCCAAGCUCUUCAAUCAGAUAGACGCCUUGGCAAUACCAACUUCAAAAUCCCAGCUGCCACUUACUCAAUCUUCACAAUGAUUGGCCUCACUAUUUGGAUACCAAUUUAUGACCAAAUAGUAGUCCCGGCACUCCGGAGAAUCACCGGAAAAGAAGGUGGUAUAACACUUCUCCAGAGGAUGGGUUUUGGAUUGAUUCUUUCUAUAAUAACAAUGCUUGUAUCUGCCAUAGUUGAAGAGAGGAGAAGAACUUUUGCAAUUCGCAGUCCUGUAGGUUUCGAAGAAAAGAGAGGAGCAAUUUCUUCUCUUUCAGGUUUCUGGUUGGUUCCUCAGUUGACAUUGAUAGGAUUUUCUGAAGCAUUUACUGUCAUUGGCAAUGUUGAAUUCUACUACAAGCAAUUUCCCGAAAACAUGAGAAGUGUUGGCGCUUCAUUCUUGUUCGUUGGAUUCGCCGGGGCGAGCUAUUUCAGUGGUUUUCUGAUCUCCAUAGUUCACCAUUUCACAACUAGGUCUGCAAUGGGGGAUUGGUUGCCUGAAGAUCUUAACAAGGGGAAGUUGGAUUAUUUUUAUUACUUGGUUGCCGCACUGGAGGUCAUAAACUUAGGGUGUUUUAUUGCAUUUGCAAAGUGGUAUAAGUACAAGCAAAGUGACAGCAGUACCGUUGAAGUUGACAUGAAAAAUAUGCAAUCUGGAAAACAUCAUGUUUAGUGCACAAAUUAUAAUUAGAAGAUAUUAGUCAACAUAUAAAGACUCAUAUUUUCUGAGCCAUAUAAAGCUCAAAUAAUAGCAUGAACACCUUAGGAAAUAUCAUUAGCAUGUGUAUAAAAAAAUUAAUGAUAGUUUUGUUUGGGUCUUUUGACCAUGUUAGACAUAGUUUAUAUUGGUUUGAUCCAUUUUACAACUCGACCAUCUGUUUCGAUAUGAUAUAUAUUUAGCCUAUCUAAUAUGAAGUUGUUCAAGAUACCAAGGACACGUAAUUAACGUUACCAAAAUGCCAGCAUUCAACUAUAUCACCAUUAAAACUAGUGCCUAAACAAAAUAGCAAAAUAAGACAUGAACAUGAUAUGCCAUUCACCGCAGGGGUGAGUCGUGAAACAAAUGUAUUCUCAAGUCUCUUAACUGGAUAAUUAGAUAACAUAAUUCAUCUAAAUCAAAACUUCAAAACCAAAAUUAACUUUAAUCUCCUCCAGACAAUAUCUAGAAAAAAAACCAAAAGACGUAACACACAAC